UGUGUACUGUGUUAUGACUUGAGUUAUGAGCUAGGCCGGUAUUAUACCAUCAAUACUUGAGUUGAGUACAGAGUAUAGGUAGUUGAGUUUCGGAGUCGGAGUUUUGUGUAUGUUGUUCGACGACAUGGGACGUUGAUAGGUGCCAUUAGUUAUGUUAUACUGAAUGAAUUCAUGUACAAGUUAAGCGAAUUGAGAUAAUUUGUAUCAGUUUUAUUGCAAUUGUCUAACGCGUAAUCAAAUAACAUUGAUGUUGUCGAAAUGGGUUAACAUUUUUUUUAUUUGGCAGUUAUGAUUCUCUCAUUUCAUUGCACAAGAAGACCUGAUGUGAUCCGAGAGGGAUAAUAGCAUAUGAAUGUGAGGUAAAAUAUAUGAGCAAAGUUGUGGCCAUUGUUCUCCCGGUAAUAUUUACACUCUUUAACUGCAGUAAAUGCAACUGUUGAGUAUUUCCAUGAACUCUGUAACACUGAGGAUUUCGCAGUUUUCCGGUUAUAUGAACGUGUCAGUUUCUGGCUUGUCUGUUGAACACCACUGAUGAAGAGUGUGCUGUGUAUGACACUCAGUAGAGAUUUGCUUAACGGUGGCUUCAAUGCAACAUCUACAAUGCGGACCCCUGAAUGCUCUUGUAAAAGAGAAAAAGCACAAGGAGAUUGAGAGUACAAGAGUGCCUUACACAUUUCUGCAUGCAGAAUUAUCCAUAAAAAUAUGCAGUAUCUCCUCUCAAGUUCCUACAAGGGUCACCUUUCUUACAUGAUGAUAAGUUGAUGGAGGGAUGUAGAGGAUAACUGGUGCUCGUGGGCCUGCACUUACUGCCUGCUCACAGAGCACGAGAUCAUGACUGUGAAGCCUUGCCCUGCUGAGACUCAUGGAAGUGGACAUGGUGCGCAUGUUACUCUUAAGGAGGAGGCAAGAGCGUCGAAGGUGGACACGUCAGCUCAAUGGAAUGAGGCACCAUGCAAUAUGGCAACGUAACCUGAGGGACGAGAUGAAUCCAUUUGAAAUGCCCGAGAGCAACUUCAUGGCGAAAUACAGAUUGAGUCGGGAGGUGGUCUGUAAUUUGGUUGAGGAACUGCGGCCGUACGUGAAAGGCCGUCAAAGAACUACAGCCAUUCCUCUGCACUUGAAGGUUUUGACAACUCUUCACUUCUUGGGACAUGGGUCUGUUCAAAAGGGGGUAGGGGCUGACAAUGUAGCUGCCAUGAGUCAGCCAAGCGUUUCAAGGUGCAUUGAUGAAGUUGUGAAGGCUCUUAAUGUGCCUGCAAUUCUGAGGGCUGGUGUCCCCUUUCCUGAUACACGAGAAGAAAGGUUUCGUAUUAUGCAAAGGAACUUCAGAUGCUCAUCCAUUCAUGGUGUCAUUGGGCAUGUGGAGGGAGCUCAUGUAAUUAUUGCAGCUCCUGAUGUUCACGAAGAGCAGUAUGUGAACAGGCAUGGCACACAUUCCCUGAAUGUUCAAGUGGCAUGUGACUCGGACAUGAUGAUCAUAAAUAUCUUGGCACGAUACCCUGGGUCAUCGAGUGACUCCUUUGUGUGGGCCAGUUCUGCACUUAGAUCGAAAAUAGAAGAGUUGUAUAGAGGAGGAGAAGAAUGCUGGUUAUUAGGGGAUUCUGGAUACCCUAAUGAACUGUGGCUCCAUAUACCAGUAACUGAUCCUCUACCUAACAGCAAAGAAGCCAGUUUUAAUCAAGCCCACAUGAUAGCUAGAAGCAUUGUGAAGAAGACAGUAGGACACCUACACAACAGAUUCAGGUGUUUAAAUAAACACAGAGUACUGGAGUACAACCCAGUGAAAGCAGGCUUCAUUACAAAUGCGUGUGCAGUUUUGCACAACAAAUGUGUGACUGCCCAUAUUCCUCUGCCUCAAUCUGAAGCAGAUCACAGUGACAGCAGCAGUGAUGAAGAUGAGCCACCACCAGUGGUGAAUGAAGGCCAUGCAAGAGACAGAUUGCUGCAGGAGGCUCGAGUUGUCAGAGCGGGAAUUAUUGCCAGAUUGCCCCCACUUCCACCUGGUGGGCCCUACAACCCUUGCAGGGCCCAUUCACAUUACUAAAGAUAGUAUUUGUCUCAAAUUUUCAGAAACAUGGAAUUUCUUUUAUUAGAGUAGAAUCCCCAUGAAUUUCCUCCUGUGGUUAAUGUACUAUGUGAUAGAAAUGUUUGUUUUAUAUCUGUGCUGCAGUCUGUGUGAAAUUUGCAUUCCAUACUAACCGUUUCAGCACAGUAACCAAUUUAUCUUUCAGUAAGCUUGUCCCCAGUUAAAGUAACAGAUACUGUGAGGUAACAGACACUGUGAGGUAGCCAUCUUUGAUUUUUAUGUAAUGAAAAUGAUGUUAACUCUUUAGAUAAGAAUUUAUUUCCUCAAUCAAGACAAAUUACCUUUUAAAAGCAAGUCAGCAUGUUACAAUUUCCUCUGUAUUUUAGUGAAAGUAUUGUUUCAUUAGUACUGUAAUGAAAGUCUGAGUCAAAUUUGUACAAACAUGAUUUAAUAAAUUAGUAUAAAAGCAUGAA